AAUGUCAUUAAAUUAUAUAAAAGAUCCAGCUUCUCAAGUGCCAACACUUUCUACUGGCAGUUCUGGUGUCGAUUCAAUUGUUCGCUAUUACCAAAAUGGUACCGAGGAAGUGAAGAAUUUGUUGAAGAACGAAUGCUGUGUGAUUUAUGAGUGCAGCUAUUGUCGUGCUCUUUUUCGUUCAAUUAUCAACUUUAUCGCUCACAAGCGUACGAUUUGCCGUUCUUUACAAUCACAUAUACAAGCAGAACAACUUUCUGAGGUGAUCAAAAACGCCAAAGAAGGCCUAACUAGUGAUCAACAACCAGAAAACGAAGAAAUUGGUGCUAAUGGUGGAGGAAAUAAUGGAAACAAUAACCUUGUUGCAAAACGAAAUGUAAAAAAUGUUCGAGCACUGCGUCGAUUUAAUCCAGUAGGGAAUAUUGCAAAGCAUAUUCGUCCAGUGAAUGUUCAUCUUGAAAAGGCUAAUUCCAAUAUUGAGAUACAAACUUUACCAAAAGUUAUUCGUCAAGUAGCAAAAACUACAAUUAUUGAUGGAAAACAAGUUAUUGAACAGCUUCCCGUUGGAAUGACAAUAAAGGAACAAAUACCGGAAAACCGCGUAGCGUUAGUUAUCCCACGUGAGAACAGCACACGUUGCGGCGAAAUGCAGUUAAGGCGUCGACGAUCUAUACAAUUGAAGAAAUUGGCUAAUGGCGGGGAUGGAGGUGGAAACAGUGGAAAUGGAGACGCGGAACUUCAUGAAUUGACAUUGGAACAAGUUUAAACGAUAAAUUUAUAAUUAUAUUUUC